AUGGAACAAUGCAAGGUAGAACGUAGUCUCCAUUUGGCACGUCGUCAGCAGUGUGCGUGUUUAAUUCAGGAAAUUGGGUCAAGGUUGCAAACAACACAGGUGGUCAUAAAUGCAGGCAUAUAUUACAUGCACUACUUCUACGAAGUUUUCUCUCCAGAAACUAUCAAACCGAUUUUAGUCGCAAUAGCUGCCUUUUAUUGUGCAUGCAAGACAGAGGAAUUUUCUAGGAAACUAUCUUUCUUGAUCAAGGCUGCGUAUGAUAUUUUGAAGAGACCGGCACCUGAUGAGGGGUCAGAUGCAUUCAAGAGACUCGUUCAGAAUGUUCAUGCUUUAGAGGCUACUAUUCUUAUGGUCAUUGGGUUUCACACUCUUGAAGUCAAACAACCACAUGUGCUACUCAUUAAGGCUAUUCGCGCAAAUAAAUUCCCGAAGGAAAUAGCUCAUACGAGCUACUAUGUCUGUACUAAUAUACUGCAUCUCACCACUUUAGUAUUACGACAUUCUGCAGAAGCGAUUGCUGCUGCUAGUCUUUACAUUGCGGCGAAGUGGAAUAGAACAGACAUCCAGUCGUCAAACGGUGAUUGGUUCCAUAUUUUUUCCCCGAUGCUGACUUUUGAGGAGAUCUCUAAAAUAACAGACGAAUUCACCCUUACUUUCCAAGAAUGCGAUUUAAAAAUCAGAGAGCAACUGCGCUGUUCGCUUCGAUCCCGAAAGUUACAAAGAGAACGAAAAGAUGAUCCUGUCAAUAAUCCUCCUCGAACUCAAGAGCCUCAGAGGAGACCAGUUCCUGAUUCUCAGCAGAAGGCUGAUUCUUGGAAAACAGAGAAAGGACCGUACGGUUCGACAAAUCCUAGUGCAGCUCAAGUCCCAUCUCAACAUCCAAAUCAUCAUGCUCGAAGUCAUGCUGGUGGCUCCCAGAAUACACAGAUGAAUCAUCACAAUCGGGCCCCACAAUCACAUGUUUAUGGGAACGAACAUUUCAAUAGAUCUCAUUCCAACCGUCCUCCAGGUCCUGGGAAUAAUGAACCAGAUCCUAAGCGUCAAAGAUUUGAUCGCCCAUACCCAAAUCAGUGUCAACGAUCACCACAACCCCACUUGCCUGGUGGACAUCAUCUCGACGGAACAGCACGUGCAAGUCGUAUGGAGAGUUCUGUCUCUCAUUCUGGAGGUGGCGAACACAAAGUACACUAUCCAUCUGCUAAUCGUAUCCAUGGAACAGAUUACAGGAUGGCACAAUCCACUGGUUACAAUGCUGUUCCGAAUAAGCAACCUUACGGACGAGAUGAACAUGAAGACUCACGUCUUAACUCAGGGAAUCUUCGUUCUGUAAAACCAGCUGGUCAUUCACAAGGAAACACACGAGUGAAACCUGAUCUAAAUGACUAUUUUUGA